ACGAUUAAUGAGCCAAUGAUGUUGCUUUUGGAUUCAAACGGGAUUUAUUACUUGGAUAAAAAUGUACACUUUUUUGGUAUUCAUUGUUUCCCUUUUUUUCUUCUAUCAUUUCUUUUUAUAAAUUAUGCUUGAUAAAAACACUUGGUCUACUUGUUCCGAUUUUGGUACGCGAUUUAGAUCAUGUAAAGAUGAUACAGAUUUGAUGUCCACAUUGAUUCAUCGUCAACAAUUAGAACAAGUGUUUUGUAAUGAUUUCAUUUGUUGUAAUCAAUAUUGGACUGAUUUACAUAGUUUAUUACAACAUUGUGAAGAUUGUCAUGCUAAUCGAGAUAUUAUGAUGAUGAUGAAUAAUUAUGAUGAUCGUACUACUUUAUAUGAUGUACCCGAACAUGAUGAUGAUGAUGAUGAUGAUGAUGAAGAUGAAGAUGAUGAUGAUGAACUUUUGACACCACUCUCACCUGUUGUUUCAGAUUCACCAUUAUUAUCACAACAUCUCACCAACCUAAGUGCAUUAGAAAAUUCUCAACACCAAUCAUCAUUGAUGCGACCUUGUGAAACACAAGAAGAAUAUGGGUAUGAAAAAAUCAAAGAAUGGAUGCAACAAGCUCAAUCAUUACCUGGGGUAGAAGAACAAGAGGAUGAAUCUCAUCGACCUUAUCGUUGUCGAGUACCAGGAUGUGAUAAAGCAUAUAAAAAUGCAAAUGGAUUAAAAUAUCACAAAGCACAUGGUCAUGAUAAACAAAAUGAAAAUAUAGAAGAAACAUUACAAAAACCUUAUCUAUGUUCCUUAGGUCGUUGUAGAAAACGAUAUAAAAAUCUCAAUGGUUUGAAAUAUCAUAUUCAACAUGGUCAUUUUAAACAUCGAAGACCUUCUUUCUCUUCAUCCUCUUCUCCAGUACCUUCUAUGUUUCCUUCAAUACCAUUUCCUGUACUUUGAUUGUAAAUAAAUAAAACCCUUUUUGACAUUGAUGUUUCACUUUAUAUACUAC